UUCAAGAUGGCCGACAAACUUCUGUGAAAGAGCUAUAUCUGGGCUCAACUUUGUCUUGAAAUGGUAGAAUCAUCCAUAGACAAUUCAAAGACCCCAGCAGCUCUUCUACACAAGCUAUGCUGUCGGCUUCUGGGAGACGACAGUGAUUCAAUAGCCAAAUCGGCCGCGGUGUCCGAGCACUUUCAAUACGCUCUUAGAGUUGUGGGAAGCCGUUUCACCCCAAGUAUAGCCACUGAUGAGUUUCGUGUUGUGGAAAGGAUAAAAAGAAAAUUGCUCAAAGAGAAAAGAGAAGUUGACAUUGCUAUUUUCUCAGAGUUAUGCCGCAAACUUGCCUCCCAGCCUGUUCUUCAAAACAGAUGGGCCAUCCUUUACUUCUUACUGAGUGUCAGUGAAAAUUCCUCUAGUGAUCAGUCACAUGGUCAGUCUGCAGGAGUACCAUCCUUCUUUGGUCAUGGGCUUCCAACCUACCAGACAUCCACCCCUGCUGUGUCGGCACAUCCAUCACUUGCUGCUUCUAGACAUACUCCUGGUGUUUUGUCCCUGACUCAUGCUACUAGCAGCAGCAGUGGCAUCAGUAGCAUUCCAUCAAGGUCAUCUGGUCCUACCCCUACGCCAUCAUCAUUUGCUCCAAACCUUGGACCAACUCCCUCAGUGCAUUUUGCAGAUGACAAAAGAACACAUCAGGAAAACGAUGGUUCUCGCUUGGCAAGCCUUGUGGUGCAGUCACUCAGUGUGACACAGAAUAAGGUGUCCAUCAAUGGACAACCAGGUUUUACACCUGGAACUGGCAGUGUGUUGCAAUUCAUGAGUUAUGGGAAUGAUACCCACAAUACAUCACAUGAAGUAUCUGAAGCUGCCCUUCUUCGAGAGAUAAUCUACAUCUUUCAAGGAAUUGAAGGAAAAGUGAUCAAGCUUGACCAAACUAAUGAUGCAUACCGCAUUGAUUCAAAACUUGGAGUUCCCAAAGCUGUUAGGGAUCUUGUUAACAAGCUAGCUGAGCUUGGCUGGCUCUUCCGCAAGAUUCGCAAGUAUUUAGAUGCUCAUGCAGGUGACAAAGCUAUGGGUUUGGUUGGUCAGAGCUUCUGUGCAGCACUGCAGCAGGAACUCACAGAAUACUACAGAUUAUUGGCUGUUCUUGAGGGGCAGCAUCAGGUCGGUGAUGCAGGGUUUGUGGGGGAAGGUGCUAGUGGAAGUUUGACCCUUCGCCGACUGAUGGUGUGGACAUAUGACCCUCUGAUGAGGCUGAGGACUCUUGCUGCAUUAGUUGAUGCUUGUAAAGGCAAGAAAGGUGGAGCCUUAUUAUCAGCACUUCACUCUAACAUGCAACAUGGUGAUCCCUUUGUCAAGUCACUUGUCAGACACACCCUUAAUUUGGUUGCCCGUCCAAUCCGUCUUAUUCUUGACAGGUGGAUUUAUGAGGGUGAACUAGAUGAUUUGUAUAAUGAAUUCUUUGUUGCUGUGGACUACGACACUAAAGAUGACCGUCUGUGGUAUGAGAAGUACAGUAUCAGAAAACCGAUGCUGCCCUCAUUCAUUUCAAUGGAACUUGGAACAAAGAUUCUAAACAUUGGAAAGUCUAUCAACUUCAUCCGAUGUGUUUGUCAAGAUCGAAGCCCAAUCAGCGGAGAAGAUGAGAAAGCUCUAGAGUACGGCAGGUCACAAGAAGCAUCAGCUACAGCCCAAUUAACAGCUGAUGAAGAGUUUGGAGGAACGGCCCUUGAGGAAACAGUGGACACAGCCUACAGGGUAACAAGCAAAAGACUGCUGGAGAUUUUCUUUUCCAAGUACAAGUUCCUUGAUCAUUUAAGGGCCCUUCGACUUUAUCUUCUUCUGGGACAAGGAGACUUUAUCAGGCAUCUUAUGGAUCUUCUUGAGUCUGACUUAGCCAAGGCAGCCAGUACACUUUACAUGCACAAUUUGACAGGUGUGCUGGAGACAGCCAUCAGAGCUACCAAUGCACAGUAUGCAGACCCUGAGAUUAUUGAACGCCUGGACUGUCGACUGCUUGAGGUGUCUCCUGGAGACACUGGCUGGGAUGUAUUUAGUCUGGAUUAUCAUGUUGAUGGGCCAAUCAGUACUGUUUUCACGCCAGAGUGCAUGAUCCACUAUCUAAGGAUCUUCAAUUUUCUGUGGAGAGCAAAGAGAAUGGAAUACUGUUUGACUGAAAUGUGGAAACAACAGAUGACAAAUCGCAAGAUGUUAAAAUCGUUGCCAGAAGUAUCCCCCAUUCUUCACAUGUGCCACAUGAUGGGGACAGAGAUGAUUCAUUUUAUUCAUCAGAUGCAAUAUUAUAUCACAUUUGAGGUUUUGGAAUGUUGCUGGGCAGACCUGAAGAAACAAGUAGCAGAAGCCAGUGAUUUGGAUCAUAUUAUUGCUGCACAUGAAACAUUUCUGGACCAGGUUCUCAACCGCUGCCUUUUAGACGCCGAGUCAAGACCGAUGUUGACCCAACUGCGGACAAUCUUUGAUUUAAUCAUCCAGUUCCAGAAUGCUCAAGAGUCUUUCUUUUCUGCUGCAACCGCUGAACUACAGUCACGGCAGAGAUUGGAAAAAGCUGUGGAACUGCGAACCGAUGAGGGAGAGUGGGGUUUGACGGAAUGGGACGAAGAAGAGGAGAGGAAGCGAUCCGUGAAGUUUGUAGAUAACAUUAUUCCAGAUACUCGAGCUCAACUAAAAGUUCUGUCUAAGUCUUACCAGGAUAUGGUUCAACAGUUUCUUAUGAUGCUCACUAGUCACCAAGAUGUCAGCUUGAGGUUCCUCAGCUUUAGACUGGAUUUCAACGAACAUUACAAGAAGAGAGAACCCAAGCUGCGUAGUCCUCUCACGCACAGAUAUAGUAAACGUGUCAAGACGCCAAUGCCCUAGAACUGCCUCUACCCCAAACUCGCUUCUAGAGCCUUCGUAACCUUUGUCCAGUGGAACGGGUGAAGGAGACUCUGGUCAAAUCCAGAAUUUCUCCUCAACUUUGAUUAGCUGGUAAAUCAAACAAAAACAGAAAUGCAAUGAGAAACGAGAUUCUGCGCAAAUUGAAAGUAACGGGUUUGACCAGAGCUUUAUGGUUUGCAAACAAAGAGGAUUGUGGAUCAGGGAACGAUAUCACCUUCACAUUUAAUUUUCUUGACCUGUAGAUUUUCCAGAGCAGUUUUAUCCAAAAAAGAUAUGAAAUGAUCACGUCAUGGUUUCGAACUAAUUGUAAUUUAAAGGUUAAUGGGCAAAAGGAAACACAGAUACUGUAAAUGUCCUUGAAAGGAGAGGAGUGGAACCUCAGCGACUGCGAAUUUAGAAAACGUACCACUCGUAUUCGAGCGUGUUCUUAAUGACACAAUUAGAUCGUGUAUUAACAGUCAACUGCACGAGCGUGUUACAGUUUAACGUUGUGCAAGCUGAUGAAUUGUGUUAACAUUGAAGUGAAGCAGAAGAAAUUUCUCUUUAAAAUAUUUAAAUACUGUGUUUAAAAUGUUAAAACAAUUGAUUGAUCAACUCGAAAUGCUUGUCGUUGUUCUCGACCACGAGUAAAACUCCAAACUUUCCACGUGCUUUCAGAUUUUGAUAUUCGCACGCUGAUGCAGGAUCACAUCGGGAAAUCAGUGACACUAGUGAGUUCGUGGAAAUGCUGACUAGAAGAUGUCUUAUGUUGUAAAAUACACUUAAUAUUUUAUUUCUACCCUCUAAAAAAUUAGCAAGUUCUUAGGGAGAAUAGUCAGUGGUUCAAAUUUUGAUUAAAGGGCUUCGCCGCGAGACUUAUCCGGCGCAGAAUU